CGACGGAGAAACACCGGUCGAGGGCGCAGGGGACCGGAGGCUUACGUGGCACGGGACAUCAGUGUCACCUAGCAAUGGUCGGCGGGGGGGUGGGGUGGAGACUCGUGAGCAGCGGCGGCGCCAUCGCCGGCAGCAGUAGAAGUAAUCGAGGUUUGGAGUCUGGUGUCUUCGUCUUCUCUGGCGCCAAUACCUCGACGGCGAUGUCGAUGACAUCCAUGGCGAUGGGGAUGAUGACGGCAACGAAUACGAAUGAGUAUCCCGAUCUUGGGGGGUGGGGAAGAGGCAGCUGUCUGCUUCGUAAACGACAAAUGAGACGAGCAGCAAAAAAGGCGGGGAGCAACAAGAUGAUGUAUCAGUCGGCGGUGUUUGCCAAUGCAAGUGGAGGGAAGGAGGGUGGGGAGGAGGUCGGGAUGGGAGGUGGUGUUGCGGGCGUGUCAGGCCAGGGGAAUGGAAAUCGAGAUAAGGCAGGCCACCAGGGAAACGCUGACGUGGCGGCAGGUCAGACGGUCAAUCAGCAGCAGCAGCAGCAGCAGCUGCAACCGACGAUGAUGACGUCACCGCCAGCGGAGCACGAUGUUGCUUACAUGGAUGGUACCACGGGAAUGCCGACGAUCGAGAAGAUCCAGUUUUUGUCUGGAAUCGCGAAGCCAGAUGGUGAGGAGGGGCCACUGCCAGGCGGAAUGGAAGAUCAGGCGCCAUCUAAUGGACUGACGACAGUUUCGCUCCCUUCGCUCCCUGGAAUGGAGGGACUGCUGGAUGUGUCCACGGGGACGGGAUCGGACGGCACGGCGGUUAUCAAGGUGGUUGGCGUUGGAGGAGCGGGAUGUAACGUUGUUAAUGACAUGGUCAAGAAAGGGGACAUCAACGACGAAAAUCUCUAUGUGAUGAACACGGAUUUGCAAGCCCUCAGAGAAUCAUCGCUGCCGCGUUCACGACGUAUUUUGCUUGGAGGAGGUCGGAGGAUAGGCUUCAGCAUGAGAGGCAGCACCCAGCUUGGACAGAAACUUGCCGAGGCAUCGGAGAAAGAAAUCGUGAAUGCACUUGAGGGGGCAGAUGUUGUGUUCAUCACAGCAGGCAUGGGCGGGGGUACAGGAGGGCCAGCAGCACCGGUAGUGGCUGGAAUUGCAAAAAGCAUGGGAGCAUUGACGGGUGUCAAAGGGAUCACUGAUAUGAUAACGAUGCCUGGCUUAGUCAACGUGGACUUCACUGCUUUAAAGGAGCUCCUUGCCGACUCUGGGCAUGCUCUGCUUGGGAUUGGGACAGCAGAAGGUCAGGACAGGGCACGAACAGCUGCGAAGGCCGCCGUCUCUUCACCGCUUCUCCAGAAGAGUCUGCAAGAUGCAAAGGCAGUUGUUUACAGUGUGACUGGCGAUAGCUCAAUGUCGCUCUAUGAGGUGACCGCCGUUUCGGAGGUUAUUUACAAUGUUGUGGACGAUGCGAACGCGCAUGUCGUCUUUGCUGCGAACACAGAUGAGAGCAUGAAUGGCCAGGUUCAAGUGGUGGUUAUUGCGGCAGGACUGUCACAGGUGACUGAGCCGAGCGAGGCUGCGAUCAAGCCCCCAGGAACCAGCGCGCCUUCGCCUCAAAAAACGCGGCAGCGGGACCAGCCCCAACAGCAGCAGAACUUGGCAGGCAAAACCGGCGCAGCUCUUCCCGAUUCUGAUGUAUCUAGUCAAAACAGCUUCAGAAAUUUGGUUGUAUCCACGCCUCAGAAAGAUUUCGGUUCUCCGCGGGAGGGGCAGCAGCAGCAGCGUCCACAGCUUCCGCUUCAUCACGGCCAGUGGCGCCAGCAUGCUCAGUGUGAUGGAUCGUCCUCCUAGGUCUGUCGACGUGCACGCUUAACAGGUUUUUGCUUAAACCACCAUCUCGCCACCACCACCUUUUCCAGGCAAAGUCGAAAAUCGAACCAUGUGACCAUCCGGGCUCGGCAGAUCGAUAAUGCUACUGGAGCAAGAUGACUGGCGAGCGGUGCCUGCCGAAAGAAAAAUGUCGUUCUGGCGGUUCGUUUCUCUUUGGCAUAAAGGGGGAAUCCAUCUCGGCCAAACGAGGAGUCCGAGGUAGGGGUGGUUUAAUGCUCAGCUGCUGCUUGGGGCAUGUAUGACUAAACAGAGGUCACACUCUACUUCAUCACCAUUGCAACAGCGAGAACCGACGAUUCCUUCAUAACUGAUGCAACAUCGUUAAACCGGCCUUUACCACAUAGCUAUCACAACGGCGACGAACCUGCGAAUGCUUCAUGAUCGUUGCAACAAUGCAACAGCAAUAAACUGGCGAAUGCGUCCUGACUUUCGCUACAGCUAGGAAUCGACGAACAUUGUGCGUCCAAGGCCAUGUCAAGCGAAGAUGUUACUUUACCUGCCCCAGAAGCUGCAGGCGCACUACUUCAUUAUGUUUCUCUGGCAUCAGUGUUUGUAUGACGGGAGUAUGCGCUUCGCUGCGGUACACAACACUGUACAUGCAUUUGGACGCUCUCUGGACCAGGUUCAUUCGGACGAGAGUGUUGUGUAGUGGAGCAAGGCCCUAUGCUAUCGGUUCCGGCUUUCAUUUGAGAGUGUUUGGAGGGGGGAAUCUGUGAGCGGCGAGCGGCGAGCAAUCUGCAUGCGUGAUAACGAAGCAUGUCAAGUACACAGCAGUCCCUUUGGCAUGGAUUUUUCUCUCUGUGGCAGAGAUUACAGGCCCGGCCGGGACGAUCAAAGGAUGCAGCGUCAGCAGGCACAGGCCUGGCCGGGACAGUCAAAAGGGUGCAGUGUCAGCAGCAGGCUCUUUGGCAUGGAUCCUCCUCGUAGGCGCACGUGACAGUCAGGUUCUGCUCAAUCACCGUGACAACAGCGACAAGUUAACGACUAUUGAGCACCAGGAAGGAGGCCAUGUUUCAGUAUAUAGAACUGUAGUUGGGGCAGUUUUCGCUGACCACAGUCUUCCUACGAACGAAUCAUAGUUCGAUAAUAUGCCCACAAUCACAGAGUUGAAUUGGUGACGACAGUCUUCUCCCAAACAGAGCGCGCUGCACCCAAUCAUCCAUUUUAGUUGGGGUGGUACUACCUGUGUUCUGUUGUGUAUGUGAUCCUCCAAACGGUGAGUAUUGUGUGCGCUAUUUCUGUAGUCUAGCAAACGCUAUGGAGGAGCUGCAGACAGCAGGUGCGCAGGUGUUCGGUCGAUGUUCUACAUAGCCAACGACAGAAAUUAAGGGGUGCAUGUUUAAAAGACCGGGGGGGGGGGGGGGGGGGAAGGGUGGUGUGUAGUACCUGGGUACAAUUGUGUAGGUGAUCGUGCAAACGGUGAGUGUUGUUGUGCAUAUUAGUAGUUUGUCUGGCAAACCCUAGCUCUGCGAAUCCCGGUCCCGUACGCCAAAUCGAAACUCGUCUGGUACUAUUGUUCUCGUCCUGCGAAUACAUGUCCGGUGCGCCAAUGUGAAACUCGUCAGGCAAGCUGUAUCGAGCGGUAGGCAUCACGGUGCCAUGUCUGAGAUGACAUACAUCUCAACGGUUAACACCGGGAACCAAAGAAUUGCAGGACCGAACUCACAAUGAAAGGCGAUUGAAUGC